ACUUGAAAAGAAGAUUGUAAACAGUUCAAGUUUUAUUAUUAGAGUAUUUAUAUUUUAUAAUAACGAUAAAUAUAUGUAUAUAUAAAAAAAUUAUGGAUUGUCCUAGUUGUCGACGAGAUAUGGCAUUUUUAGAUGACUGCCGACUGUUACCCUGUAGGGUAUCUUGUAUUUUAUGUUCAGCUUGUUUAAAGGAUCACGUUGAAAGGAGUCAAGUAAAAGUUAAUGAUAAUUUUUCAUGUCCACUUUGUAAAGGACAAUUAAAAUGGACUCAUAAUGGAUUGAAAUCGUUUAAAAAGAUUAUUAUCGAUAAGUCGAGUAGCGUUAACCUACAACAAUUAAUCUUUGGCGAAAAGAGGAGGAUUAUGGAGAAGAAAACGCAAGAGAUUGAUAAGAUAAGAAGAAGAGCUUUUCAAUUAAACGCUCUAAUUGCUAAAAGGCAAAUUUAUCUUAUUCAAGAGAUAAAUAGUUUAUAUAAUAAAAAGAUGGCUGAAUGCGAAAGAGGAAUUGGCCUUUACGAAAAGAACAUGAAUCUAUCUAGUAGGAAAAUGGGUAAUGAUGAUUCUAGUCUUGUUCUUUCAAUUGUUUACGAUUACGAGAAAAAUGGUAAUAAACUACCCGAAUUCUUUCCGGAUCAUUGCAAUUUAUCUUUGGGUAAAAUUCAAGAAUUUGACGAGGAGAAACCAGUUUAUUCAAAAUUUACUGAACUAAUUAGGCCUAUUGAAAUUUUAACUAGUAACGAUUGUUGUUAUUUAAAGACAAAUUUGAAUAUAUUAAAAGUAUCUAAUACCAUAGAAAUUGAAUUUCCAAGUAUAAUUGUUAAAUAUCCGGUUAUUUUCGAUGGUCUUGGAAUUACUGAUAUAAAUGUUUCGAAAGAUAAAACUCUUUAUGGUCUAAAAUAUGAUAAUUAUAAGAAUUUUCAAAUUUUUCGCUGGAGGAAAAGGGAUGGACACGUUGAAAAGUGUAAUUAUGAUAUUUGCCAAAAUUUAGCAUCUUCUAAUGAUAAUGACGUCAUAAGCUUUCUAGCUAAAGACGAUCUAAUUGUUCACGAUGUUAACUUGAAACAAGUUUCUAUAAAAAGAAAUUUCUAUUCGUCUAAUUUUCGCCCAUUAACAAUUUUUAGAGAUGGUUUUCUGUUUGUUUUACAAACAAGCCUUAAUUUCGUCUGUUAUAAAGUGAGCAAUGUCAACGGUAAAUUAUUUUUAGAUGGAAUUGUUGAAACAACAAUUAUGGAUGGAAAAUAUUCAAUUAGGAAAGAUAUAAUUAACGAAAUAAAAAGAGGUUGCCUUUUAGUUACGAAUGAUAAGUUUGUCUUUUUAAUCGAUCCAAGAAUUAGGGAGGCAAAAGCCUAUUUACAACAAAAUAACUACGAAUCUGGUACAUUGAAAGGUUAUUAUACGAAAAUUGAUGAGAUACAUUUCUAUUUCUGGAAGACCAAUAGUCUAUCCAAAACGGAAUGCUACUACUUUUGA